AUGGGCCAAAAUGCUAUGGGCAAGCCAAAGCGGGCCAAAGUUCUACAGAACCUCACAGCAAAAGAUCCGGGCGUGCUGCUGCUGCAUGUCAGCAUCCUCCUGUUUUUGUUCUCUUCAGAUUUUCAGAGCCACUUGCUGACGUUGCCACAGAAUCCGGUGAUUGAGAUCGGAACCAACUUCACAGCGACAUGCCUGAUCUCCAACACAGUGGAGGUCACUGCGGACGAUCUGUACUGGAAACUGUCCAAUGUGACCAUUCCCAGAGAUCAGUACCGGAAGGUCAACAGCACUGCCCUGAGCGUGACGGUCCCCAUCACAAAAGACAUAUCAGAGGAGUGGCUGUUCUGUUACUGCAGAAAAAAGUCCAGUUAUGUGGUUUUGAACGAAGGAAAGUUCAUUCACGGCAUCUCACUCGGAACCGGCUAUCGUCCGGAGAAACCGGAGAACCUAAGCUGCAUUUCCUUCCAGAAGGAAGACAAAUCCUUCCCGUCCCUGCAGUGUAGCUGGGGAACGACGAGACGUCAGACCCCGACUGUUCCUAUACAUUUCACACUCAGAGUGAUGCAAGUCCUCAGCAAUCAAACUAGCAGUACCACCACCAAUGAUCUGAGGUGAAACUCAGCCCCUACCCCUUUCACAUGGAGCUGGAGGUCUGGGUGGAGGCAGUGAACCAACUUGGAGCAGCAGAGUCUGUGCACCUCAGAAAAGAAGCUCAGCACUUCUCUGUG